CCAACUUUGUUCUUUGGAAUGCAAGGCGCAAAGGCUCCUAAUAACAUGCAGAAUGCUUAUGAAAAGAGAGAAUGUUGAAUGUGAACAAGCUUCAUGCCUUCAUCAUACUUGACCUCCCUUGCUCCCUACACCUUCUUUCUUCCCUUUUUACCAGAAUCCUAAAAUAUAUUCGACACUACAGAGAGGCACACUGGAUUUUUUUUUUACAGGAAUCGGACAUUGCAAAGGGACAUUAGCAUCAUUUACACUAAUUCAUCAGAUUCAUCAUGUCGUUCGGGCCACAAACCGGUUUUCUGAAAGGAGACUUUAUUAUGUCUACACUUCUUGCUAUCCUGGGUUUCAUUGUAUUGGGAUCAAUGGCCAAGAACAGUUGGUGGGAAAUUCUGCCAGGUCAGAGUGUUUGUCUACUUCUCGGUAAUCCUCGGGAAUUAAAAUUCCAUUCAUCAGCCUGUGUGUUUACAGUCUUUGUGGGCUUCAUGAUUGCAGCCGGAGGAAUAGGCUUGUUUUCAAUGGAUUAUGUCACCUGGAAGAGAUCAGAGCGUUUCAAGGGCAGGCGUGCCUCCAUCGCAGCAUUGUUGAUUUCUCCAAUCAUGUCAUUCUUUUCCUUUUCUACUGCCAUUGUUAUUGGAACGGGCAUCACCAAAUUUUGCAACAACUUUGAUGUCAAUGGUCACUCGAGGCCUGAUAUCUGUCAUGCUGCCAGUAAGGAUAAAUCCCAAUAUUAUCUGAGUAUUUGAACUUAAUUAGCUGUAAAAUGGUUGUAGUCUACUCGCUUUUACUUGACUUUUACUUUUUUUUUCUAGUUACGAAUUUGGCAGGUUUGAAGACUGGAGUCGGUGCAGCUACCCUAGCUGGCUUCUUGUUUACACUUUACGGAUUCAGUGAAUAUGCUCAG